GAGCCAUGCGCACGCCAUGCCAAACAUCCGAUUCGCACUAGACCAGAAAAAAGAAAAAAGCAGACCCAUCGACCCCGACCUGUUCGAUCCCCAAUCUCACCUCUCUCUCUCUAUCUCGCCACCCACACACCCUAACCCUAAUCCGACCGCGCCGCCGCUCCCAACCUGCGCGCCUCCGCCACAAACCAUCCGCCGGUCCCCUCGCGCCACCACAUCUUGGACCCCGGCCUCCCUUCCCUUAGUCCGAAGUAGCAGCAGCGCCGUCUGCGAUGGAGGAGCACCGUCCGCCGCCGAGGAACAGCAGCGCCGUCCGCCACCAAGGAUCCGCCGCGCGCCGGGAACAGCAGCACCAUACGCCGGAGGAUCCGCCGCACCGACUGCUGUUGAGGAGCAGCCUGCCGUUCUUCUUCCUCCACCGGCGACCCCUGUCCCGGCCCCGCCUCCAGAUCUCAACAAGAGAGGAGCUGCACAAGACAGAAAAAGCACACAUGGACAAGUACACUUGACGCAAGAUUGACGAAAUAGAGGAAGAGAGCAUAGGAACAUUAUCUCAGCUCUCGUUGAUUUCAGAACAGAUAGUUAGCAUUGUACCUUCAAGGGACUAUCCUUUUGCCUACUGAGCAAACAAAACAAAUGUGUAUAUAUAUUUAUUUAAGUGAAACAACAUGCUCCCAUUUUUGGUCAAUCGGUGGAUCUGACUAAUACAUAACUACAUAUAUAUGUGUGAGGAAUUUGCAGCAGGAUCCCUUGACUGUGCUCUCCGCUUGUCCUCACUCCUUAGACCUUCCCUUUGCUUAUCACCAUACAUUUUAUUCAGAGUGGUGUCAAGAUGCAUCUCCUCUGCCAAGAUGAUGGGCAGAGGGCCUAAGCUCCAGGGUCAAAUGGUGGGAAGUAUCAAGUCGAAGAUAUUAUGGCUUUUGUACAUAUUGUAUUUUCUUUAAAUGGAAGUUGAUGUCGGUUUGGUGAUCGAAGACUUGGGCUCUUCCAUAGUGUUUUGUAGAGUGAUCGAACUUAAGUCUCUUAUGAACUAGGCCCAUAUUUUAUAACAUGCCACAACUUGUAUGUUGACUUGAGUAUUUUUUUUCAAUGGUUGUAGCAAGGAAAACUAAUGGGUCUUCUAUAUAUGUUGAAUAAAUGCGUUGGUCAAUGGCAUUUUGUGAUGAAUAGAAGAGUGUAAUUGUUGGUAUAUCUAUUGCAAAGUGAACAUGAAUUGAAUAUUUUAAAUUUAUUUUCAUGUUAAUAUAUGUCGCAUUUGCAUUUGUGCUGAAAUGUAUAACCCUGGCAGCAAAUGUGUUGGCAAAACUAUUGGAGGUCGCAAAGACUGAUGGCAUAGCAUACGAGAAAUUGUCGGGGUAGCAACGGCCGUUGCACUAUCUGUCGGUAUAACACACUGUCAAACGAUUUGUCGCUGAAGACAUGUCUGUCGCUAUAGCCCUCACCAACCCAGUCAAACUGUUCGUCGGCAUAGAUUUAUCUGUCGCUAAAGACUUUUCCCGGCAGGAAUAUAGGCAACAACUCCUUUCUGUCGCCAAAAGUCUUUCCUGACACUAAAUGUGUCGCCUUAGGUGACCUAUGCCGACAGAUUGUUUGACGCUGCUUUGAGUGUCGUGGUGUAGUGCACCUCGCCAACGAGGUAUGUUAUUUUUAACACAUCCCCUACUUGCUUGUUUCAAGGAUGAUAUCUGAUUUUUUUUAUUAUCAUUGCUUCUUCACGAACGGAUGGAGAGGGCGAAGCGGAUCAAGUGUCCGGCUCCGCUGCCUGAAGAACCAGUCAUCCCGCGUUUAGCGAAGAUGCUGGUGUCGGCGCCCUAUAAGGCGCCGGAGAAGAAGGCCAAGGGCAGGGCCAAGGUGGUCUGGAGUGGGCCCCGCCACAAGGGCGCUUUGGACGCGACUUCUGAAGACAAGACCAGCUCCUCCGUCGCUGAAGACGACGAUGAUGAGGAGCAGGAGAGCGAUUCUCCCCCUGAUGGGGGGAGGAAGAAGAGGGCGGCCUCCGCCAUUCUGGAGGCGGAGGCGCCCAAGAAGGGGAAAGGCCAACUCGUGGGCAGCUCCGCAUGGGACGUCGACAACAGUCCGGAGCGAUGCCCCCGCACUAAGCCUCAGGCUGCAUCUCCGGCCCACGACAGCUCCCAGCGAUCCUCGUCACGAGGUUCGUUGGAUUCAAGGGCAAUGGCUAGCGAGUCACCACCGGCCGCUUACUCCCCCAAGGCUAAGGGCGACGCAGAGCUGCUGUCCCGAAGGACUUUCCCAUCCCGGGGGAGGCUCAGGAGGCGCCAGAAGGCGAGGGCUCCGUCGCCGGACACUAGGGGGAGCCAAUCCCUCCGGAGACUGGUGGUGAGGGCCGUAUUCAGUUCGGCCCUAAGCCGGAUUCGAUUCCGGAGACUGAUACAGCUUCGGAGUCCGGCGCGCAACCUCCUUCGAAAGAAGGGGGUAUGCCUAUUCCGCCGGUGACCCCUGUCCAACCAGGGGCACCGGAUAAUCUGCUGGAAGCGCUGCGAGGCGCUUCCAUUGUGGAUGAGCAUCGUGUUCUUAUGGGAACAGUAAUUGAAAGGGUUCAGUCCGCCAAGAGCAGACUAACCAAAGCCUGCAGCAGCCUUUUGACAGGUUUUGAGGUAAGCGAUGCCAAAAAAGAGAAAAUCCAAAUAUAGACAGUAGCC